GGAAGCAGCAGCAGCGGCUGAGGUGACAGUCGGACUUCCACAAAGAAAGAAGGCUGCCGUGCUCAUUUCGUUGCACUUUGUGGACGUGGGAGCUGGGCCGCUCUUGACCUUCCCGCUUCUCACUCAGGGAAAACUGCGGCACUUUGUUAUAUUCAGAGAGGCUGAGGCAAACGCUCUCUGAGGACACCUGCUGUCUGGACCAUGAGGCUCUCCUCUCAGCCGCCCUCCUUUGGGCUGAUAACCUGCUCUUUGGUCUUGAUAUUGCCGCUGUUUGGCUCCUGUCAUCCAGCGCAGCUUUCCGGAAACCCCAGCCUGGUGUUCAUGGAGCAGCUGAGCCACUCAAGUGUCAGAUUCAACUGGAGAAAUGUCACCUGCUACGUCUGCAAAGCUGUCUUCACCAUUGUUGAUGUUGCCCUUCUGAGUGAUGCAAAUGAAGAGCGAGUGGCACAAGCAGUAGGUGAGGCGUGUAUCCGUCUCCAUCUGGCUGAUGAGCAAGUCUGUCGGGAUAUAAUUGAGCUGUUCAGGGAUGACUUCAUAAGGGCCCUGCAGGAGUCAUUUCUGUGGCCCACUGAAGCGUGUGCUAUACUGGUGGGCCCUUCCUGUGGCAAAUUUGAUGUGUAUGCACCUUGGAACAUCACUUUGCCAAAUGUUCCUAAGCCCCCCGUUAAACCACCCUCUCCUCCCAAACCGGGUUCUCCACAGAGCAGAGUACUGUUUCUCACAGACGUCCACUGGGACAGGGAAUAUGACGUCGGCAGUGCUGCAGACUGCAAGGAACCUCUGUGUUGUCGUAACAAUUCAGGCUCUCCAAACUUGAGCAGGAGGAAGGCUGGGCACUGGGGAACUUAUGGAAAGUGUGACCUGCCUCUUUGGACAGUGGAGAACCUUCUGGAAAAUGCUGCCAAAGCUGGGCCAUGGGACUGGGUUUACUGGACUGGAGACAUACCAGCACACAAUGUGUGGUCACAGACCAGGGAGCAGCAGUUGUCAGAGCUUACUGUCAUCUCCAGACUCAUCCACAAACACCUGGGACCUAAUGUGAUGGUUUACCCUGCUGUAGGAAACCACGAGAGCACACCAGUAAACAGCUUCCCUCCACCCUAUAUUCAUGGCAACAGAUCCUCUUCCUGGCUAUAUGACCAAAUGGCAGAGGAAUGGGCCCCGUGGUUGCCAGAUCAGGCAUUGAAGACUUUAAGAUAUGGAGGAUUCUACACAGUGCAGAUUCAGCCUGGUCUGAGGCUGGUUUCUCUCAAUAUGAACUUUUGUGCACGAGAAAACUUUUGGCUGAUGGUGAACUCCACCGAUCCCGGGGAUCAGCUGCAGUGGCUCAUACACAUUCUCCAGGCCAGCGAGGACAAGGGAGAAAAAGUACAUAUCAUUGGUCACAUCCCACCUGGCCUUUGUCUUAGCAGCUGGAGCUGGAACUAUUAUCACAUUGUCAACAGGUAUGAAAGUACAAUCACUGGACAGUUUUUUGGCCAUACGCACCUGGAUGAGUUCCAGAUGUUUUAUGAUGAGGAAACCAUGACCCACCCAUUGGGGGUAGUGUUUAUUGCUCCCAGUGUCACUACCUUUGUUGGCCUUAAUCCAGGAUACCGUGUCUACUAUGUUGAUGGGAACUACCAAGGAAGCUCUCGGUUGGUACUCGACCAUGAAACCUACAUCAUGAACCUUACAGAGGCAAACCACAGUCCAUGGGCACCACAUAGUCCACAAAAGGAUCCUAAAUGGACACUACUGUACCGUGCCACUGAAGCUUAUGGUCUGUCUACUCUGUUCCCCUCCGAUUUUAAUCGGCUGAUUGGGACCUUUAUCAAUGAUGAUCCUGUCUUCCAGAAGUUCUGGUAUUUGAGGUAUAAAGGACACGUCUCAAAGCCUUGCAAAGAGGUCUGCAAGACCGGUAUACUGUGCUACCUGCGAAGUGGGCGUUAUGAUGACCUGAAGCAGUGCGACUACCUUAAUGGUUUUAAAGGAAGCUUAGCCAGAGCUGCCACAAAAACUCUCUGUUGAUCUGAUGGAGUUUAGCCUGGAAAAGGCAGGGUGAGGGGGGAAAAAGCAAUAUGACUAAAUAUGAUACUGAGCCAAAAACAAAUCAUCCUCUGUUGCAGAUGGACAAUGAUUGUUUUUUUUGUUUUUAUAGGUUUGGUUUCAUAAAGUCACUUGACCUAUUAUUCAUGUUCACAUGGAUGUGGAACUUAGAAACCCAACUUGAGUAUUUGCUGUGCCUCAUCACUAAUAAUGUGUUUUAAAUCACUUAGAUGAAUGUGGGACGGUUGACUUUUUUUCUUUAAUGUCAGUUGUGAAAAGGGUGGUUAAAAUUGUUCUGAAGCGCACACAGUGUUAGGCAUUACAAGGAUUCUUCAGUUCUCAUGAUUUAAGCAGUUCUUUUGAAGCCAGUGCCUUUUCUUUUUUUUCUUUUUUUUUGUUAAACAUGAACUUAUCGAUUCUUGCGAUAUAUCUUUUAAACCUCUGUCCCUCUGAAAUUUUAGUCAUCCAUUAAUUUUCUUCUUUUUAUAUAAAUUUGGGGUUGCAAAGUGGCUGGAGCCUUUCCAGCGGUCGUGGGGCAAGAGGUGGAGCACACCCUCUAUAGGUUGCAAGCCUGUGGCUAACACAGACAGGCAGCCAUUCACACCCACAUUGACACAAGAACCGACACAUAUACAGUAACCUUGCAAACUCCACACAGAAAGACACCUGCUGGCAGACCUUAUUCUUGUGCCGCGAUGAAGCUAAUCUCAGUCCCACAGUGUGACUCAAAUGUUCUGGCACUUUAAUAUCUUUUUUUAAGUCCUUCGUCAGCACCAUUGUUUGGAUUUUAGGCCUGUGCUUUAUGUAAUCCACCUUAUGUGCAACAUUUUUUGCCUCAGCAAAAACAUCUUUUAGCCAACCAAAGAGCAGUAUUUUACAUUCCUAAUGUUUACUUCUGCCUGCACUUUGUUUUUAGCCACUUUCUUUAGCAGUGAAUAAAUCUGACAUGCUUGUUUGGCUCCUCAAAUCUGGGGAAUUAAUGGUGUAACAGGAAAGUGCUUGUAAUAUAAGCAGUAAUUUAAGCGAUUGUACAGAGUGUGAAUAAAAUUGCUUGCUCGUUACCUA